AUGUUGGCUUUAAAUCAUUCGCUAAGUUACCAGAAACAAAUAGUUGAAAGUUAUUUAACAUCAUCACAAAAUUCUCCAAUAUCAACAACUCCACCUACACCUAGUGAAUUUGAUAAUAACCAUCACGCAGCUGAUAUUCGUACGGCUGUUAAUAUACUUACUUCUGUUCAUUCAUCAAAACUUCACAAGGGAAAUAAUAGUAAUAAUAACAAUGACUCAACUUCUACCAGUUCUUCUGGAAACUCUCUUAUUAAUAAUCAUCAUAAAGUAACUAAAAGAACAUCUUCUAAACCGCCUCGUCAAUUGCAAUGCUUUAACUGUGGUAUUAAGAAUACUCCUCUUUGGCGGAGGACUCCAGAUAGAAUGCAUUCGCUUUGUAAUGCUUGUGGUUUAUAUUAUAAACAAUAUCAUGUUCACAGGCCGCUUCACAUCAUACACAAGACAAGAACUUCAUCAUCUAAAUCAUAUCCAUACAUUUUACCAGCAAUGAAAGGUGAGGAUGAUGACACUGAUGCCAUGAUGGAUGAUAUGUCAGAUAUGUCAUCUGAACAUCUUGGCCAUGAAUCAAAUUAUGAUGAUUAUGGUUUGGACAGAAAUUGUGUUGAAUCUCCGAUAUACACAAAUGACAAGGGACAACCACUUUGUAAUGCAUGUGGAUUGUAUGCAAAAUUACAUAAUAGAGACAGACCUAUUGCUAUGAGAAAAGCAAAGAUUCAACGUAGACGUAGAGACUGGAAUAAAUAUAAUCAGUUGGAUGAAGGUUCGACUGAAGAAAUUGAAUCACCCCCUGCAUCUUCAUCUUCCCCAAGAACUGCUUCAACUCCACCAUCAUCAUCUACACCAAUCACAUCAUCAUCUUCAUCUUCUAACAUUACUGCCACUACUACAUCAUCACCAUCAACUAUGCCGUAUCAUCAUCCUUAUUUAAGACC